AUGACGCAGUACCUUCCAGGCGUCAUGCAAGGGAAGGAUUCACAUCCUGGGAGACUGUCAGAAGGCUCGAAGCCCGACGAAGGAGGGCUGAAACGAGGGAACCUCGUGAACAGCUCGCCGAUGCCUUGGGAGGAGAGAUUGACGAUGAUGCUGCGGAAAUACUCGAACAGCGCGGCAGAUCUUUCAGUCGUCGUGACGGCUUGA